AUGGCAAGCGGGCCCACUAAGUUGUUGCCGGUAAACAUCAACCAAUUCGAAAGGAUGACUGGGCUCCGACGGCGAGACGACUCCGAACAGUUCACGGAUCUAGACUUUCAAACGCAGUCGCAAUUAGUAUAUGGCAGUCCUGGCGAACAUGGUCAGGUGUUGUUUGCUAACAUGACUCUAUUUGCCCCGGAUGGAUUGCAAAUAGUCAUGAUGGAGAGGUUUGAAGGCUUGACUUCGGCCGUUGAUUGCCAAGGAAACGACGGCACCCUGUCAUUGACCUUUAAGUCUCAAGACGCCUUCAACUAUGCCUUGAAAACCUGGUCGACUAUCAAUGAUCAUGAGGACCACAGGUUUCUGAUGAUCGCUAACCAUGCCGGGUGCGGACCUGAUGAUGAAAGACAGCCUUACAUCAUCAGCAAAAUCACAGAGAAAACCGACAGCUGGACAACCUUUCUAGCCGCUCAGCCUGCUCCAUGGGAAGACGUCGCUGGGACUUAUGAUCUUGAUUUUGGCAAGGUAUACCCUACCAAAAACUCAAAAUUAAAGCACAGGGGCAUUGGCGAUUGGCUUGAUGAUGUUAAGGAUACUAUUGGCGACGUAGCCGAAGACGUCAAAGACGGCGUCGAGAAAGUCGGCGACGGCAUCGCAGACACAGUACAAGGCAACGCUGACUUCAGCAAAAGCGUUUCCUUCCCCGUCAAUAUGCUCAGCCCAAACGAAAAACACAACAUCUGGGAAGACCCUGAGGGCCGCUUCUCACUCGACUGCGUUAAUUGUUAUGUCCAAGGCAGCUUCCAAGUAACCGGCCACCUCUCCGUCAAAGGCUGGCACCUCGAAGACCUCAGUCUUGACGCCUCCCCCCAAAACUUCAACGCCCAGCUCGGCUUGGAAGCCUCCGUCACGGCCACCACAAAGAAACUCUCCCAAACCCUCGGAUAUCAGAAAGAGAUUUUCUCCGCCGCCAUCCCGGACGCUGGUAUCAAAGUCCCUGGCCUCUUCACCCUCGGCGCCAAAAUAUCCUACAAUGUCGGCUUCAACGCCUCCAUCGCCGGCACCGCUAAAUUUGAUUUCGGGCUGAAAAGCACACUCCCUAACACCGCAAAAGCAGUCCUCAAUAUCGCAGGUGAUGGCGAUAGUUCCGCCACUGGCUUCGAUGGCGCCGUAGACCCCUAUUUCGACAUCAACGAGAUCUCUGCCUCGCUCAAAAUCGCCGUUUUCUCGAAACCGAAAAUCUCAUUCGGUAUCGACUUGACGAAAGUCGGCAAAGCAGAAGUUGGCGUUGCGAUGAAAUUGCCCGAACUGUCCGCCACUGUUACCACAAAGUAUAAGCCUGGGGGCGCGUGCCCUGACGACAAGAAGAAAACCGAGACGGGCGUCGAUUUAGCCCUGCAAGCCGUGAUUUCCGUAGAUGCGGAGGUAGAUGCCGCGUGGGGCGAGGACGCAGACACGAAAUUGCCGAAGUGGUCGAAGUCGCUGUGGAAUAAGCCGUUUGAUGUACCGUGGCAUCCGUGCUUCCCCUUCAAUAUUCCUGAGUUAAAGCCAGGGGGAGGGGAUACUUCAUCGGCGACGCCGAAGCCGAGUCCCGCGCCUACGCCGCAGAAGAAAGCCGCUGCUGGUGAUGGGGAUGGAGAUGGGGAUAAUAGUACGCCGGACCCGCAGCCGGGAGCUGCGCCGGAGCCUGAGAAGACGAAGCCAAAGACUUCAUCGAGUUCCGCUGCUGCGCCGGCGAAGAGUUCGAUGCCGCCGGCGACGGGAGGGGGUGGGUGUAAAUUCAAGCGGGAGAAUGGGCGGAGGAUGUUGGUGUGUUGA